AUGCAGCAUAUUCACACAAAGGAAGACGUUUACACUAAGCACAUGCCCCGUGGUGGGGCCUAUGAACCAGAUCGAUUGGACAAUCAAUUUGAUUUCAUCACUAAGUGUGAAUUACCUAUCCUUCUCAAUUUCCUGAAUUCUUAUACUGUAAACAGGGCUAUUGGCUUUCACCUCUAUCCCUCAAUUGCAAGAAAACUCCCUCCUAACGCCCGCAUCGCCGAUAUAGCCACAGGCACUGGGAUUUAUCUUACUCAACUCGCCGAGUCAUGGCCAGAGGCGACUCUUGAUGGGUAUGACCUCUCGGCUGUGCAGUACCCCGAGGCAACCAGCUUGCCUAGUAACGUGAAGUUGAAGCUUCUCGACGUGAAGAAGCCUGUUCCCCAGGAACUAGAAGGUACUUACGACUUGGUGCAUAACCUCGCCAAAUUGCUAAAGCCAGGUGGUGCGCUACAGUGGGAAGAAUGUAACUACCUGGCUGCCCCCCAGGUACGCAGCCUGGUGGGAUCGACCUAUUCGGCGAUACAAAAGAUCGAGGAGCUGCUCCUGGACGCCUUUCGAGUCCACUUUGUGACCGAAUGGAACACUCUCCCUAGAGAAAUGACAGAUUCCGGCCUGGUGAAUGUCCAGCAUGAUGUUGUCAGUUCGGAUCGGGAGCCUGAGACUCGCGCGGGUAUUACAAAGAAUAGUAUGGUUGCCUGCUUUGGUUGGGCACGAUCUGGCAAGGAUCCUGUGCCGCUUAGCCCGGCCGAGAUCGACGAGCUGGAGCACCAGGCUUAUAACGACAUUGAAUCUGGGGGUUAUGUUCGAUAUGAUAUCCAUACUACGGUUGGUUUCCAGGCCGAAGCUUGA